AUGCUGGACCAGUUGGAGGUGUACGCCCCCUCACUGAUCUCGCCACUGCCAGGCCUCCUCGUCUCAGAGAGUCCCACCAUGUCCACCCUCAGCCUUCUGAGCUCAUUUGAUAGGGGGAGCCCUAGCCUGUCACAGCUCUUCAGCACCCACCACCCCACACUGACACCACCUCACAGGGGGAGCCCUAGCCUGUCACAGCUCUUCAGCACCCACCACCCCACACUGACACCACCUCACAGGGGGAGCCCUAGCCUGUCACAGCUCUUCAGCACCCACCACCCCACACUGACACCACCUCACAGGAGGAGCCCUAGCCUGUCACAGCUCUUCAGCACCCACCACCCCACACUGACACCACCUCACAGGGGGAGCCCUAGCCUGUCACAGCUCUUCAGCACCCACCACCCCGAACUGACACCACCUCACAGGAAGAGCCCUAGCCUGUCACAGCUCUUCAGCACCCACCACCCCACACUGACACCACCUCACAGGGGGAGCCCUAGCCUGUCACAGCUCUUCAGCACCCACCACCCCACACUGACACCACCUCACAGGGGGAGCCCUAGCCUGUCACAGCUCUUCAGCACCCACCACCCCACACUGACACCACCUCACAGGGGGAGCCCUAGCCUGUCACAGCUCUUCAGCACCCACCACCCCACACUGACACCUCACCUCACAGGAGGAGCCCUAGACUGUCACAGCCCUUCAGCACCCACCACCUCACACUGA